AAUUAGUCUUGGCGGGACCUCUUUAACGUCUACCACUCCGAGAUCUGGGCCGCCCACGAGCCCCUGUCUCCCCAAGCGGGCGCACGACGGCGCGGGCCACGUCCUUGCCUCGGCGCGCGACUAUGUAUCCGUACACGAACUAGCUUGCUUCUCAUUUCCCAUCUCGGUCUCCCAUUCUUGAACUGUGCGUCUCUCGCUCCAGAUUCCCGCCUAACACACUCGCUUGGUUGCUGUGGCCCCGUUGCUUUGAAAUCCCUCCCGUCGCUCGCUCACCCCACGCCUGUCUCCCACACUCGCUGAGUUCGUCGCAUCACGAGGUUCAAAAUGAAGGCCUUCCUGUUCCCUCUUGCCGUCCUGGCCUCGUCCGCCGCGGCCCAGACCUCGAGUGCCUGCGCUGCCGACUACAUCGUCGAAGCCUGCCUCACCAGCGAGAAGGCAAAGCUCGCUGCUUGCCAGAACACCGACUACGUGUGUCAGUGCAACGAGUACCAGAACAUGAUCACCUGCUUCAACAACUGCCCCAACGACCCCCGGGAGAAGGACGUCGCCGGCCAGCGGGACAUCUUCUGCGGCUACGCGAGCCAGUUCGCUUCUACGACGACCCCGGCCGCCGCCAAGACCUCGGCGUCGACGCCGGCGCAGACCACCGGCGCAGACCAGAACGCCAGCCCGACCGCCGCCGGCGGCAGCACCUCGACCAGCAGCGCCGGCGGACCCGCCAACACCAACAGCGCCGCCGACCUGGUCAUCAACGCGGGCAGCGUCCUGGCUGCCGUUGCCGGUGCUGUUGCUGUUGUGCUCUAAAGAGGGGUGGACGUGGGCUUUGCGUCGGAGGUGUUCCCUCUUUUCUAGGAGAAAGAACUAUGGCUUGCAGCUGCUUGGACCUCGCCUGUCUCGGCACCCUGUCCGCUGUCGUGAAACGCCAUCAAAGACAUCUUCAAGAGCACCGGACGUUGGACGCUAGCCCGGCAACGCAGCGG